UUUCGAGAAGACACUUCCCGGGGCCGUCAGCAGCGAAUCUGGAGACUGGCGGAGGCUCGAGCAGGGCCGGGCAGGGACCCGGGCAGAGUGCUGCACCCAAGUUCAGACGCACAGAACCGGAUAGUUGGUAGUUGGGGAGAACGAGACCAGACCCCAGAACUCCUCUGUCCUCCUGGCAUUGGCUGCCUAUUUAAAAGCGCCGAGCAGAAAAGGAAGGCAGCAUUUAAGCAAAACGGCUUAGGGUUCCAAGUCCCAACUAGUCCCCGGCCAUGUGAAGGUACGGCUCAGUUUGCCUAUCUGUAAAGUGGGGGCAAUUGAUCCCCGCCUCGUGGGCGUGGGAGCUGUGAGGCGCAACGAGAAGACCACACGCUCUGUCCGCCGUGGCCGCUCGUCCCACUCUGACCCCUGGGUGUCUUUCUCCAUCGCCGAUCCGUUUUCUGGGGCCGAGUCUUCGUUCUUUUCUGCACUAGGGAACUCAGAACGGACCCUUGCCUCUUGCCUCCCGUUCCACACCCGUGCCUCUCCUCCCCCCGGCGGGAGGCGUGCCGGGAAGCGCCCCUACCGAACCCGGUUGGGCCGUGCUCGCCUCUUCGCCAUGGCGACGGCUGCGGCCCCGCGGCGCUUCUGCCGCUGCGCCUGCUUUUGCACCGAGAACUUGUACGUGGCGCGCUACCGGCUCCACGUGCGCUUCCGGGGCGAGGAGCAGCUGCGCCGGGACUACGGCCCGAUCCUGCACAGCCGAGGAUGUGUCAGCCCCAAGGACUUCCAGCAGCUGUUAGGAGAGGUGGAGCUGAGAUCCCACCGGGGCCACCCAGCUUCCUCUCUCCGCCUGCCCCUUCCGCUGGUGCCAGGGCUGCUUCUACUCUUCUACCACCCCCUCCCUCAUCUGGGGGGUGGUAACGGGAAGCUUCCUAGCUUGAGCAGGAGGUGCAGCGGCGGCAGCAGCUGGCGCAGGAGUCGGCUGCCAGGAAAGCCCUCAUUUCAAGCUCCUACCACCCCGCGUGGCCGGACAUCUACAACACAUUGCAGGAUGAAGCUCUGGCCCCUGAGUUUCUGGCCGCAGCUGAGUACAGCGCAUCGCCGGGGGCAGACCUCGAAGGCCUUCUCCAGCGGCUGGAGACAGUGUCUGGUGCUGCUGCACGAGCUAGGCCUGGAUGAGCCCCUGGUGACGCCGCUGCGGGAGCGCUUCCUGCAGCCACUGACGGCCCUGCUCUACCCAGACUGCGGCGGCGGCAGCUGGCUCGACAGCCACCGCGCCUUCGUGGUCAAAUACGCACCGGGCCAGGACCGUGAGCUAGGCUGCCACUACGAUAAUGCCGAGCUCACCCUCAACGUGGCCCUUGGCAAGACCUUCACUGGGGGUGCCCUGUACUUCGGGAACCUCUUCCAGGCGCCUUCAGCCCUGGCCCGGCCCCUGGACGUGGAGCACGUGGUGGGCCAGGGCAUCCUGCACCGGGGUGGCCAGCUGCACGGGGCUCGGCCCCUCGGCACUGGCGAGCGCUGGAACCUUGUCAUCUGGCUCCGGGCCUCUGCCGUGCGCAACCGCCUGUGCCCCAUGUGCUGCCGGAAGCCCGAGCUGGUGGACGACGAUGGCUUCGGCGACGGCUUCACUCGCGAGGAGCCUGCCACGGUGGACGUGUGUGCCCUGACCUGAGCCUGGCUGGGCCCCGGGUGGGGACGCAGGGCAGGCGGGGGCUCCGCCCCCUUGGGUUGGGCAGGGCAGGAAUAAACUCCUUGCAGCCCUCAGGCACUUUGUGGUUCAAAAGGACACAGCAGCCUUGGAGUCAUUCUUUCAGCCGUCCCGUUGGCUGAGGUUGGGUGUGUCAGAGCUGGAGCCUGAGAUGAGGCUUCAGGUGCAGGUGGAUUGCGGAGGGAACACCCUCAGAAGGGCGUGAGGGAAGGACUGGACCGGAAGGAGCUGGGCCACCAUGUGGUUUCACGAGGCACCUAGCUUCAGCCCAAUUCCAUGGGGCGCUCUAGGGCAUGAAUGUAGCAUUUGGCCACAGCAUCGGUUACUGGCUCAGAGCCGUGUGAAGGCUGGGGUGGCGGGGAGGGUGGGGAGGUCGUGGUUCCCAGGGGCCCAGGGAAUCUUCCAGAGAGGAGUACAUGUAUGAGUUCGGUGCACUCACCCCCAGCUGUGAUGUCUGGUCUCCGAAGGGGAUCUGCGUAAGCCAUCAACAGGAGCUUCUGGUUGGUGUCCAGCGCUGCUUCCGCAGGGGCUUAAGAGCAGGCACUCUGGAGCCAGACUGCCAGGGCUCAAGUUCUGAUCCUGCCGCCUCCAGCUGUGUGGCUGCAAGUAAGCCACUUGACUGCUUUGUGCUUUAGUUUUCCUUAUCUGGGAAGUGCCUAUCUCCUAAAGCUCUUGUGAGAGUGAAACGAUUUAAUGUAUAUAAAGUGCUUUAUAACAGCC